CCAGGUGGCGGAUGCUCCAGUUCCGCCCAGGAAGCAUUUUCUGGAAGCCAAAAUCUCUCGCUCCAAAACCAGGCUAAGAACGAGGAAGUCAUUUGGGGGUAGCGAAGCGGACACCAGUUGUAAGCUAGUAAGAUACAGUAAUGGAAGAGAAGAGUGAUCCCCUCAAUAACAUAUCACAGAUUAAAGAAGAUCUGACCAGGUCAAAUAUGGGAUCUUCUAGCGACUAUGAAAAAACUAUCCAGCGCUUGAAUGAUGAGCUUAGAGAUGCACAGGACCGGGCCAAUACAGAGAGGCACAAAUGCAUGGAGCUAGAAGGUCUUCUGAAUAAAGAGAGAAAAGACAAUAAACAACAAUCUGAUGAAUCUGCGAAACAGAUCAAACUUCUUCAAGGCCAGCUACGGCAGCUCCAAGAUGAAAUGGGUGUCAUCAAAGAGCAGACCAACAUCUCCUCCAGUUUACAUGAGGAGCUACAAAGUGCACAAGUUGAGGUAAAGUCACUGAAACGCAACCUGGAGGCAGCCAAUGCAGAACGAGACCGUGACGUCGGCACAAUCGAGUUCAGCCUGGCAACCGUCACCAAGGACCUGGACAAGUGGCGUCAGACUGCCAGCACAUACGAACGUAAGAUUGAGGACUUGCAGCAGGAUCUCCAGCAGCAGGGCAAGCAAUGGCAGAAAACUGCAGAAAUACAAGCCAAUGAGCUACAGUCCAUGCAGAUGGAAUGUAACAGCCUUCAGAAGGAGUGUUUUGGUCUGCGAUCUGAAAAGCAGGAAAUGGUGAACAAGCAUCAGAAAGAAAAGAGCAGUCUGCAAAGUGAAUACACCUCUCUCAUGGCAAAGGAAGAGGAACUCCUUAAGACUCAUCAGAAAGAGAAGGGCAACUUGCAGAAAGAAAAUGCAGCACUGCGUGCCAAAAAUGAGGCAAUGCGACAGAAAGAGCAACAACUGGAGAAAGACCUUCUCAGUUCACAAGCCCAGAAUGCUGAGCUGAGCAACAGCCUUAAAGUCCUUGAGCAAUCCCACCAGGAACUGGAAAAGAAGUUGGUAGCUUUGGAGCUCCAACACCAACAGGAUAGCAGCAAACUGCAAACCCAACUGGAUGAGGCAGAUAGCUGCAGGGAGACACUGCAGAGAGAGUAUGAAGAGACCAAGAGAGAGCUGUCUGACUUAAAGGAAAACUAUGAGAAGGCUGAGCAGGAGAAACAGUCACUUGCUAAUGAACUAGAGGAGUACAAAGCCAACAUGGCAGAACUACAGGACAGAGGAACAACGACGUCCCUAAUGCUGCCUGUUCAAGCCUUAGUCAUCGGCCUUGUCCUGGCUUUGCUGUUAUGGUGCUUCGGUGCAUUGUGGUAGAAAGAAGCCGUGGAUGAUCUGGGGGCCUGUGGUAGCUAUGGCUCUAACUGUUGUGGCUGCAGCUGCCCUCUUUAAGACCUGAGAUCCGCACAUGGCUCCACACUUGCACACUGACACCUGCACACACAGUGAAUCCUUAGUUGUCAUAAGAUUUAUCUACACUGAAACUGAUAAGCCUGACACAUGCUAUUAUCUCCAAUGUCAAUUACGAGAAGUCAUACUUAACACUGUUUAAAUAUCUUCAGCUUUUAUUUCAGAUGACAGUUAAUUAAAUGAAGGUAAAGAAUGUUCUCUGUGUUUACUUUUGGGGAACAUUUUCUUUUUUUUUGACUGACUUGAGCUGUAGAGUGUCAAUUAAUGAAUGUAAAUGCUGUCUUCACACUAACUGUAUUUAUAUAUAAUAACAUUUUUGGCUGGCUUCUUUGACUUUUCCCUAUCGGUAACAUGUAGGUAUGUUGUCAGUAUUAUAAAUAUUGUCAAUAAAGUGAUUUAAUUGA